AUGAGUAAUACAUCUAAUGUAGUUGUAUUUUCUCUGUUUGGCUUGAAUGAGACAACAAACUACAGGACUGUUGUCUUCUCCCUCACUUUACUAUGCUAUUGUGUUAUUCUGGUGGUAAAUGUUUUCCUCAUUUUAACCAUAAUCUUGGAUGAAAACCUCCACGAACCCAUGUACAUUUUUUUGUGUGGUCUGUGCAUUAAUGGACUUUAUGGUACUACAGGUUUCUACCCCAAAUUCCUUUUUGAUCUGCUGUCUCACACUCAUGUCAUAACAUAUGUUGGCUGCCUUUUGCAAAUCUUUACUAUAUACUCCUCUGCAACAGCUGACUUCACUAUUUUAGCUGUAAUGGCAUAUGACAGAUAUGUGGCUAUAUGUCGGCCACUGGAGUAUCAGUCUUUCAUGACCAAACACAGGAUUGCUAUGUUAGUUUGUUUGUCCUGGCUGAUACCUAUGAUCUGUCAGGUUAUGGUGGUAACUUUGACGUCCACGCUGGAAUUAUGUGGCACCCGUAUAGAGAAACUUUAUUGUGAGAACUGGUCAGUUGUUAAACUUGCAUGCUCUACAACGACAGUAAACAAUGUUGUUGGACUGAUUGUUGUUUCUUUCUAUUUGGGGCACGAUGUCUUUAUUGUGUGCUCAUAUGUGCAGUUGAUAAAAUCAUCUUUAAAGUCCAAAGAGGGCAGAAGGAAGUUUAUGCAGACUUGUGUGCCACACUUACUGUGUUUGCUUAAUGUGACAGCUGCUUUGCUUUUUGAUGUUAUGUACGUUAGAUAUGGAUCAAAAUCUGUAGCACAGCGUAUUAAGAACUUCAUGUCCAUACAAUUUCUCAUGAUACCGCCUAUUAUUAAUCCUAUUAUUUAUGGACUUAAACUGACUAAAAUUCGCAAGAGAAUUAUAAGUUUGUUUAUGAUGAUGGGUCAAAAGUUUAGAUAA